CAUUUGUCUUCUUUCUUCCUGCAACUGUAAUUGUCCGUAUCAAUCUAAACGGGGAGAGAGAGAGAGAGAGAGAGAGAGCAAUGGCGGACAAGCCUAGCAGAUCACUGGUAGUGUACGGAGAUGGCUUGGCCUCUUUCAUCAACGAAUCGCAUUCCCAUCUCCAUGCCCUCGCAUCUCGAGCUUCCUGUGGCUUCUUGUCCCUCCCCAAUUCCCCUCCUUCAGAUUGCAGAGAGUGAAGAGGCAAGAAUAGUCAGAGAAUUCGCAGAACUGUUGGAUGCAUCUGAGGCAUAUCAUAGUAUGAGUGGGGAAGAUGCUGCUGAAAUAGAAUGUCAGAAGAAAUCUCCAAUGCCCACCAUUUCAGAGAGGUUCAUGGGAAUGCGAUCUGCGGUAGUUACAAACAACACAACCUUGAAAUCAUUGGGGGAUAAAUUGGGCUUCACUACAUUGCAAUUGAGUGACAUAAUUGACAACUGCGGUCCUAAUGCAGAUUCACGACUUGAUAUUGUGGCCUCUGGCUUGCUGAAGUUGCUGGGGUUUCAAGGGAAGACCUUAGAGACAAGCCCGUUUGAUUUAGUUUUCAUCCACAUUGGAGAAGGCAAGAAGGAUGGACAGAAAAAUGCAGAAUAUGUCAAUGGUUUGGUUGGUCAAAUCAUGCACCUAGAGGAACAGGAAUCUGAAAUCAGUUCUCGUUUGCAUCUAUCUGUUGUGCUCAGUUAUGGGCCAGUAUCGGAGGGUGAGCCUGAUUUGUCUGUUAUUUGUAAAAAUGAAAAUAACUCUGAUCUUUCUCUGUUAUUCCCUCGUCAAAGUUAUGCUGUAGAAGGACGAAAUGUGCGGGAUAACCUUAGGUACCAUGGUCCGAUGCUAAUUGCCCAAUGGCAGAAUGGUGUGACCCGCAAAGAUAUGGCGGGGACAUUUUCUUUUAAAGAUUUUAAAGAGCAUAGCGGAAUCCUCACAAUACCAGCAGACAGGUUUAUACAUGAAGUAGCCUUUAAGCUGUGGAAGGCCCCCAAGUACGGAGCAUGAGGUAGAUUUUCUUGAAAUCUAGAAGCAGAAUACGAAUCUCUUGGCCAAUCCAAAAACCGAAGCUAGUGUAGUGGACCAUUAUGGGUUAAUGGGCUCUAUCUCUUUACUACCAUUUAGUAAGUUUUGUUAAGGCAUCAUCAGAACCUUUUGUAGGAACUGUCAACUUAUUAAGUUAUUGCUAUAUUUCCUUGCUCCUUGGAGGAGGCUCCUCCGGUGAGCUCUUCUUGCUUUCCAAUCCUUCCCCUUUUAUAUUCUGUUCAUUUGAUAGACUGAUAUUGGCAACAUUUCACUUGCUUCCAAUCUGAGUAAUCACAAGAUGUAAAAAGGGUAAAGAUCAUUAUCUGUG